ACCGUGCGAAGCGGAGCGGACCACUCACACGGACGGGCGCGCUUUCUCUCCCUCCUUUCUCUUUCUCUCUCUCUCUCUCUUCCUCUGUCUCUUUCUCUCUCCAUCCUUCUCCUUCUCUCCUCCGUUCCAAUCUGUGUCUCUCUCUCUCUCUCUCGCCGUCUGUCGCUCGCGAUCACGGACGGUACGACGCACGCUCCCUUUCUUGACGUAUCCCCGCCGCCGACCGCCGGAGAUCCUCAGUCUCGCGGUAAAGGACGUCGCGUGAGCUUCAGAGUUUCAGGGCGUUUAAGAGGAAGAAGACAUAAAGAUGGCAGAGGACAAGAACGAGACUAGUCCGAGCGCCGAGGGCGAGAAGCCGCCGCAGGAAACGGCGGCGUCGUCGCCGCCGGCCAAGGAAGAGCCGCCGACGAAGGAGCGCAAGGAGGACGAGAAGAAGGUCGAGGAGAAUGGCGAAGGCGAGAAGCCGAAGGAGAACGGCGAGGAGAAGGCCACGCCGGAGCCGAAGGAUAUGCGGGCGAUCGUGCUCAACGGUUUCGGCGGCCUGAAGAGUGUCAAAGCCCUGAAGAAGCCGGAGCCUGCCCUCGGCGAGGGAGAGGUCCUUAUACGCGUCAAAGCCUGUGGAUUGAACUUCCAGGACUUGAUGGCCAGGCAGGGCGCAAUCGACUCGCCCCCAAAGACCCCGUUUAUCAUGGGCUCAGAAUGCGCGGGUGACAUUGAGCAAGUCGGCGAGGGGGUUGAGAAUUUCAAAGUGGGCGACAGGGUGGUCGCUCUUCCUGAUCACAAAGCGUGGGCGGAGCUGGUUGCCGUACCGGCGACAUCCGUUUUCGCACUACCGCCCGGAAUGAGCUACCUCGACGCGGCCGCCAUCACCAUGAAUUACACCGUAGCUUACAUCCUGCUCUUCGAACUGGCUCAUCUCACGCCCGGCAAGAGCUUGCUGCUUCACAGCGCCGGCGGCGGUGUGGGCCAAGCGGUGGUACAGCUCGCGAAAACCGUGAAGGACGUAACCAUCUUCGGUGUGUGCAGCAAAUCAAAGCAUGAGGCCCUUAAAAAUGCCGGAACUAUCGAUUAUCUUUUGGAACGUGGCGCAGAUUACAGUAACGAAGUCAGAAAAAUCUCCCCGGAAGGUGUAGACAUCGUUUUAGAUUGUCUAUGCGGCGAAGAAUGUAAUAAGGGCUACGCCCUCUUGAAGCCAAUGGGCAAAUACAUUCUUUAUGGAUCCAGCAAUGUCGUCACCGGGGAAACUAAAAGCUUCUUUUCUGCAGCACGAUCAUGGUGGCAAGUCGAUAAAGUGUCGCCCAUAAAGCUGUUCGACGAAAACAAAACGUUGUCCGGAUUGAAUCUACGCCAUUUAAUGUAUCAGCAAGGUAGUCACGCGUUUGUUCGACGAGCGGUGAAUCAAGUGUACACGCUAUGGAGCGAAGGCAAGAUCAAGCCAGCGGUGGAUUCAACAUGGGCGCUGGAGGAUGUGCCCGAGGCCAUGCAAAAAAUGCACGAUCGCAAGAACAUCGGUAAGAUCGUGCUGGAUCCGAGUCUGGAGCCGAAGCCUAAACCAGCUACGCCGGCUAAGGGCAAAGCGAAAGACAAGAAGGCUGCGAAUCAGGAGGAGAAAAAGGCGUCUAGCGUAGAGUCGGAGGAAGGGGAGAAAAAGAAGGAACCAGAAUUGACAAACGGUACCUCAGAAGACAAAUCUGAUAGCGACUUGCCUGCAUUUCCUGUUUCAGAUUCUAAAGAGAAGGAAUCUAGCUGAAUUAGCAAUAGUAACUAAUCCUAUAAGAACAAAGAAAUGAUACCCAUAAACAUCAAGAAUUCCCAGGAAAGUACUAUUGCUGAGAGAUCCAUCGCUGUUAUCCGAGAGAAUAAAUUUGAGAAAUCCACGGAUGGUAUCGCGUAGAAUUUACAUGCAGAUGAUUCACAAUGAGAGUAAACCGUAAUUCACAUUAUAUGAUCUAAUAUAAUGGGAAAUAGGUAAUCUCUCUCUUCAAAUUGUUACUUGUAGGACACGGAAUUUAAACUUUUAAUUUAGCGAAUAAUUGAUCGCUUGCACUGUAAGCUAUACACUGCUUUUUUUUUUACGUCGAAAUGGGUGUCCUUCCCUUUAUCAUCUGCAUGUAUCUAUUCUACUUACAUUUGUGCCGAGAUUAAGAGUUCAUACGAGUUAUAAGAGAAGGAGAAUCAUCAUAAUGCAUAAGGACGAGAGAAUCAACCAAAUAGAAAUUACAAUCUUGAUGCGGUCCACAGUAGUUUACAGAAUAUAAGAACGUUAUGUUUAUUUUUUCACACCGACCAAAUGGUUAAUUUUGCGAGGAGUUAAGUGAGCAAUUGUUGGGUAUUAGAUAGUUAUUAAGCAGCUUGAAUCUUUUUUUGUUAUUGUCAUUUUAGGAAAUGGUUACAACCUUUCCGUACUUAUCAAACAAUCAUAAAGACGACAUAACAGUGAGCAGUUUAAUAAUUGUGGAUUAUCCAACAAUUUAUCUACUUGGCUCUGUCUAUUUGUAUUGAAUACUAUCGCUGCUAUUAUGAUAUCUAUAUACUAACAAUCUCUUACAUUAAUAUAAUAUUACCUCUAUUUGUAAUUUAAUGGGAUAAAAUAACAUAUUGCGCUAGUUUCCGUGGAGAAAAGCUAAACGCGGGGCUGCAUUACUUUCGUAUGUAAAUUUUAUGUAUUAAAGAUGUUUUUACGCCACCUUAUUAUUCAUCGGUGAUGCUUUUGUCACGAUGAAAUAUCCUUUUAAAUUUUAACGAUAUAGUCAUGAAAGUCAAGAGUAAUAUUUAGCAUUAUAUAUAUGGGGCAUUUCGCUGAAAU